GGGACUCCUUUCUAUAUGGCCCCAGAAAUGUUGACAGGAGACAAAUAUGAUGCCAAAGUGGACAUCUGGGCCCUUGGGAUCAUGGCACUAGAAAUGGUGGAUGGUCCUACACAGCCUAAGGACAUGCCACCCGAGCUGGAGACUCCCAGAAACCUGUCGCCUGUGUUCCGUUCCUUCCUGCAGUCCUGCCUGAACCCGAAUGCAAAGCGUCAAUGGACGGCCAAGAAGCUGCUGAAGCAUCCGUUUUUAGGAAAAUCCAAGAGUCUUGUCGAGAUGGCUCCUCUGAUUGAUGCAGUCAGGAGACCCAGAACAGCGGCACCAGAACCUCUGCUGGCUCCCUCUCUUUCUGGACAAGAGGGGAAAGAAGAGCAAGUAGAGAAGGAAGCUGCAAGUUCCUGA